AUGACAGGAUUUUCCUGUCGUGAGUCGACAGGUGAAUGGAUAUCCCUCGUCGAGAAGAUCUAUGUAGAUGGGACCUUCAGCUUAGCGCCCAAGCUCUUCGCGCAGGUAUUCGCGAUUCUUGGGGAACGCUCGGGAUUCGUGAUCCCGCUCUGCUACGCUCUCUUACCGAAUAAGAAUCAGGCCACCUACAGCCGAAUGCUGGAUCUCCUUCUCGAAGCCUGGCCCCAAUUCAGCCCCCGCCGCGUGUCGCUCGACUUCGAGCUCGGCCUCAUCAACGCCUUCCGACUGGCAUUCCCAGAGGCCAGGAUCGACGGGUGUCUAUUCCACCUCGUUAAGAACAUGAAGUCAAAGCUGUGCGAUCUCGGCCUUUGGACUCGUUACAAGAACGAGACGGAGUUCCCAGUGCAAGCGCGGAUGAUACCCGCACUCGCCUUCGUGCCGCCAGACGAAAUAGACGUUGCACUCAUGGAGCUCGCCCCAUACCUAGCUGAGGAGCUGAUGCCCGUCCUCAAUUAUUUUGAGGACAAUUACAUCGGCCGCCUCAGGUACGCUCCUGGAGGCGAGAUCGCUCGAAGUCCGAGCCGGUUCCCUAUCGAGAUGUGGACCGUGUUCCAACGCACUCUCGACGGGGAAUCGCGGACAAACAACUUUGCCGAGGCAGCACACAGGCGACUCCAGGGCGAGUUCGGAGUGGAUCACCCAAGUCUGUGGAGGUUCAUCGACGGAAUCCGGAAAGUUCAGCAUAGCCGGGAUGUGGCCUACGAACGUUCAGUAGCGGGUCACGAACCCGAGAAGGAAAAGAGUGAGUACAUUGAAGCCGACAAGAAAAUCCUCAAAAUUGUCAGAGAGUACGGCUCACGAACCAUGUUCGAGUAUUUACGGGUCUUGCGCACCACUUCCGCAUGGAAGCGUCCAAUAUAA